AUGCAUGGCAAAAUAUGGCUGACUGUUAUCACAUCAAUACUCUUGUGUCUAGUGUAUCCGUAUUUUUGCUCUGAAGAUGCAAAUGACUUUGUGGGGCGAAUACCAACUCCGAGUAAUAGUCCGCAGACCUCUCAGGCAGGUGCAUCAUCAGGUGUAAGUCAUAACGGUUGCCUGUUUAAAUGUUCUCCCAACUACCUGCAAACAUAA